CACCUUUGCAAAAAAAAAGUAUAAACAUAAUGCAAUGUUGAGUCAGUCAAUGAUAUUAGUCUAAGAAUGCUGGUUGAAAUCACCUCCUCUUGUUCCUUCCUCCUCUAUAAAUCUCUUCUUCUCGCAUAGCCAUAGCCAUCUCUCAGAGCUUUCUCUCUCCUCUUUCUCUCUCUAAUCUUACAAUCAUCUCUCCCAAUUUCAAUUCCAAUGAUACUCUCAGAGCCCCCAAAGAGUAACACCACCACCAAAUUAAUGCACAUCAAAGAAUUCUUUGGCUUCUCCCACUCCUCUUCUUCAAAAUCCCUCCACUCCUCUUCUUCCUUUCCCAUCUCCGCCCACCGGAGACUCCCGCCGUCAAGCUAUGACCCUUCCGAGUCGGCGGCCAUGGAAGAGGCCAUAAUUAACUCCGAACCCAUCAUCACGAAAUGGGACCCGGAUUCUUCUGAGUUCAAUAGAAUCACCUUCCUCUUCCGCCAUGGCAGAGCCGAAUCCGGCGAGUUCAUUGACUCCGUCAAUAGCCUCCGACAGGCAAUGGACUUUUUUAUAUCGGCAAAUUCCACUUCAUCCGUCCUUGUUAUUGCUCAGAAGUUGAUGCAGGCCGCUAUGAGAAGAUUGGAGAAGGAAUUUUACCAGAUUUUGAGUGAGAAUCGCCAGAAUCUAGACCCCGAAUCCAUCUCCAGCAGAUCCUCUGACCGGUCGACGGCUGAUGGGGAAACCGGUGGGGAUUCCAUUACCGAGUUCGAUAGAGUUUCGGCUGAUUUGAAAUCGAUUGCGGAUUGUAUGAUUGAUUCUGGGUAUGGGAAAGAGUGUGUUAAAAUCUAUAAAGUAAUCAGAAAAUCGAUUGUUGAUGAAACUCUGUAUCGCCUUGGAACAGAAAAAUUCAAAAUUUCGAGAAUUCUGAAAUGGAAUUGGGAUUCGCUCGAGCAAAUAAUCAAGAAUUGGAUGAAUUCGGUUAAUAUCGCUGUGAAUACACUGUUUCGUGGCGAGAGAUUUCUCUGCAACCAUGUUUUUUCGAGAUCGGAAAGAAUCAGAGAGUCCUGUUUUUCUGAAAUCACAAAAGAUGGUGCAAUCACUUUGUUAAAAUUCCCGGAACUGGUAGCAAAAGGGAAGAAAGAUUCCGACAAAAUCUUUAUAUUAAUGGAGCUUUACGAAGCGAAUUCCGACGUAUUGCCGGAAAUUGAAGUCAUAUUCGACUCUGUUUCAACAUCCGACAUUAAAACCCAAGCUCAAACGUCGAUGACGAAACUCGCUGAUUCAAUCCGUGACAUUCUUUCUGAAUUUGAAAUAACAAUUCAAAAAGAUUCAUCCAAAAAUCCAACCCCCGGCGGCGGAAUCCACCCACUAACCCGAUCAGCGAUGAGCUACAUCUCGUCUCUCGGCGACUACGCUAGCACCCUCUCCGACAUCCUCACCGUCGAAAACUCUCCAAUUCCGUCGUCGUACCUGGAGACCAUCGCCGCCGACGACGCACUGUCGUCGCCAGUGGCAGCGCAACUCGGGUGGCUAAUUCUAGUCCUCCUCUGUAAACUAGACACAAAAGCAGAGAUGUACAGAGACGUAUCAUUAUCAUACUUAUUCCUAGCGAACAAUUUGAAUUUCAUUGUGAAGACGGCGGCGACGACGAAUCUCAAAACACUAAUCGGCGUCGAGUGGGUGGCGAAUCACAGGAGUAAAGUGAAGGUGUAUGCGGCGAAUUAUGAAGCGACGGCGUGGAACAGAGUGAUGAAAUCGUUGCCGGAGAGAGGGUCGGAGGAAGUGGGGUCGGCGGAGACGGCGGCGGAGGGGUUCAAGAGUUUCAAUGCGGCGUUUGAAGAAGCGUAUCGGAAGCAAACGUCGUGGAGAGUGGAGGAUGGGAAUUUGAGAGAUGAAUUGAAAAUGUCGAUAGCGAAGAAAGUUGUGCCGAUUUACAGAGAAUUUUACGAGGGGUGUCUUGAGAAAAUGAAUGUGAAUGUGGGUGUUGUGAGAUUUUCACCGGAUGAUUUGGGGAAUUAUUUGUCGGAUUUGUUUCAUGGAGUUUCUUCAUCGGCAAGUUCCUCUUCUUCUUCUUCACGGUAAUGCGUAAAGGGGAGGAAGAAAGUGAUGAGGUGGCCUUACAUGAUACGUCCACGUGUCGAAUUGUAUAAAAUUCAGAUAUUCUGAGCUGGAUAUGUUGAUUUUUUUUAAUACAAAUUCAAAAAUGAGCUUUUAUUUACUA